AUGGAGAAUUUGCUUAAUCUGCUUGAAAAAAGUUGCCAAGAGGAGGACACGGACCAAGAACUGCAGCAUUUGCUGCAUCUCUAUGACGUUCUCAAACCGCACAAGGAACGAGGUCUGGACGUCUUUGAAGUCGCUUUUGGCAUUGCACGGUUAUAUGAAACCAUCUCGAUCGACGCAACGAUCUGGAAUGUGUACAUGCGCGUGACAACACUCGGUGCUCUUGCAAUGUGCCACGAAAACCUUAAACCGACAGAAGAUGCCGAGAAUUACUUUAACGAUGCUAUCAGCGUGUACGAAGAGCAUUGUGGCCAUGCUUUGGAAAGUGGAUUUAGCGAAGUGGAUGCGUCCGAGUCCGAUAUCUCGCUUCUAAAGAAUCUUAACGCCACGGCUACCAUGAUUCACUAUCACUUUACUGCCAACUUACUUACACCAAGAGCGUUGGGAUGA